AUGCUAGAGUACAUCCGCUCAACCUUUAGUGAGGAGUCAAUAUUGGACUCACUUCCGCUAGAGGCUGCUGCGAACCCAGGCGCGUAUCAUGCGUGGCGAGCGCACCGCGCGCCGAUAUUGCAAUCGCAACAGUCAGACCGAGCAACUCCAAGUCCCGACCCUUCCACAACGGACAAGUCAGAAGGUUCAUCUGCAUUAGGACGUAAUCGCCGACCUGGAGAGUGGAACUGGGAGGGGGUCUGGGAGGAACGUGUAAGAAAAGCAGUCAAGGCUAGUAUAUCGGAAUCAGUCCUGUUCGGCGCUGGCGCUGGAGAAGACAUUAUUCGCUUUCGCGAGGCGGACGAUGAGAUGCACGAGAAGAUGAAGAGGCAUUUAGAAGUAGCUGCCGCACAACUGGGCGAGGCAUAA